AUAUAGUUCAUGGUUGUCGACUGCUGUAGACAGUAAGACAGUCGACUUCAGAUUCAUAAAAGACGUAAAUUAAAGUUUGUAGGAAAAAAGCCGAUCCUGAAAUAGCAUAUAAUAUGGCACUCUGUUACACCAGGCUGUUAUGUAGACGAACUAUAGAUCUCCGUAAUUUUCGUUAUUUAUACACUUCCAAGCCUUCAAAAAUUAGUGUGACAGCACCAGCACUGCAAGCAUCAUCAGCAGUAUGUGAAUCACAUGAUGAGAAAAAUAUGCGACUAAAACGUCCAAUGUCCCCACAUUUGACAAUAUACCAAGUGCAACUGACAUCUAUGUUAUCUGUAUCACAUCGUGCAACUGGUAUUAUUUUAAGUUCAUAUGCUAUGAUCCUAGGACUUGGUACUUUAUUUAUUCCUGGAGGCAUCCCUUGUAUGAUUGAAGGAAUUGCCGCAUGGGGUUUACCAUCUGCAGUACUAUUAUUGGGAAAAGCUAUAUUUGUUUAUCCUUUAACAUACCACUAUCUCAAUGGAAUCAGACAUUUGGGAUGGGACAUGGGUAAAUUUUUGACCAUCAAAGAGGUUUACAGCACUGGUUGGACUGUUGUUGCCCUAUCAACAGUUACAGCAUUGAUUCUGGCAAUUAUGUAAACCUCUAUAUAUUUCAAUUAUUAUAUAAAAUAAAAUUCAGAUAUUAUGUUGUAUAAAAUAAAACUAUUUAUUAGAAAAUGUACUAAAAUAACUUGAUAUCGUACGAUAAAUAAUUUAAUAAAAAUAUAGAUUCGAUUUGCAAUA